AUGGACCUGGGCGCAGCAGUUGUCGGCUUUGUGAGUCUGGGACUACAAGUGUCUCAAAAUAUCAUCACGUAUUACGGCGGAUGGCGAAAUUCCAGAGAAGAUGUAGACGACAUCUGCAAUUCUGUGGGCGAGAUGCAUCAGAUGCUGAAGAUUUUGGAGAACGCGGUAAAGCGGCGGUCUCUCAAUGGUUGCAAUGAAACGGCACUUUUUAAGUAUAAGUUGCAGCGGUGUGAGAUAAGUAUGCAUAGGUUGGAUGGGAAGGUGAAGAAAUUCAAGGACAAUACAGCGACCGGUGGCUUUCUUGCUCGCGCCAGGUCCGAGUGGGAGAGGGUAAAAUACCCUUUGAAGGAAAGUACUAUUUUGAAACUUCGAGAUCUUCUUCAAGAACAGAAAUUAGAUCUGGUUCUCAUUCUCAAUGUCUUGGAUAUUGAUGCAUCAUCUGUCGAAUCAGGGACUCUCACUCAGAAUAUGUCUCAGUUGUCGUGCGAUGUUUCCAAAAUAGAGGCCCAGGUGGGAGAGACCAAGAAUAUUCUAAAUUCGUCGGUACAAGACCUGAAGCGCAAAGAAGUCCUCGGAUGGAUCUGUAGUCAAGAUCAAUCUUUGCUAUACCAGUCGCGCAAGUCUAGGAGACAUCCAGGCACCUGUCAAUGGUUCCUUCAAGGUCGGGAAUAUCUUCAAUGGAGAUCGAAAGGGUCACUACUGUGGGUGAAGGGGGAGGUUGGAUGCGGAAAAUCAAUCUUAUGCUCUGCAGUAGUCGAACACCUACAAUGGUACUGUACAACACAGUCCAACAAUAUUCUUCUAUAUUUCUUUUUCUCAUUCGCUGAUGCCCAUCUAUCAAAUCCGAUCCUGUGCCUUUCGUCGUUGUUAAGGCAGAUAUGCGUGGAUGAGCGAAUCCUCCGGGAUGUUGAGAAACUUCACGAAAAGUUCAACGGAUCUACUGCACCGAGGCCUUUGCAAUAUCAUGACAUCGAACUCGCAGUAGAUUCGGCUAUUGCAUCCCUCGCGCGAUCGAAAGAGAUAUACAUAGUACUUGACGCUCUUGAUGAAUUGCCUAAUGAUGCCGACGAAUUCCAAAGAAGUCGUGUUCUGAGCUGGAUUAUGAAAACUUCUACCUGCUAUCGGCACGUGCACAUAUUAUUCACGAGUCGAAGUUCUAGCUCCAGAGAUAUUGAAGACUUUGCAGAUUCUAUUCCGUCAAUAGGGAUCGUGACCAUUGAUGCGAUGAGUAAUCAUAACGAUAUGUUCUCAUAUCUCGAGGCAGAAUUCAAGAAAAGCCGCGUCCUGUGCAAAAUGCCUGUUGAAUCUCUUUCAACAACCUUCAACGACAUGAUCAAAUUGUCUGAUGGAAUGUUUCAAUGGAUCCACCUUCAAAUGGUAGAGCUCUCGAAAUUACCUACCCUCAGACUAAAGGAUAUCGACCGUAUCUUGAACUCUAUCCCACCAAGCCUGGACGAUACUCAAAAUGGAACAUGGACGCUAACGGAUCUUGAUCACUUCCCCCUACUUGAAUAUGCGUGUCGCUAUUGGUUUGAGCAUAUGAAAUUAGCUGGGACGAAAGAUCAAAUGAGACUGGCUUCCUUGGCAUCCGAAUUGCUUAAGUCUGGCGAGAAGUGGCAAUAUACCACAAUGGUUUACAACCACAUGAUGCCUGAUACACCCUUUAGCUGUGCCCAUCUACGAUGGACUCUUCUCUCACCUUUAGGGUGGGCAACUGUUUUGGGUCUUGAGUCGGUGGUCCACCUCCUGUUAUCACAACGGUCAGGUGAUCUUCAUCUGAUACAAGAUAUCAAGCUCGAGCGCAGAAAGUGUUUCCAAAUCAAGAAGCCGUGCCAGGAAUGCUUGUAUGUCAGGCUUCGCGAACCCAUUAGCGGCACAGUGCUUAUGAAAGCUGUGGAAUUCGGACAUACAUCGAUAAUACAGCUUCUCAUCGAUAACGGCGCUGACAUAAAUUCGAGCGGAGAAUUAGGUGCUACCGCUUUGUCAAUUGCAUGCACACGCGGAAACUAUGAUCUGGUCAAAUACCUUCUGAACCUUGGUGCCAGUCCAUCUCAUGGUCUGCCAUACGCGAUAAGAGAAGGGUCUCUGUCGAUUUGCCAACUAUUAUUAGAAGCUGGGGCAGUGGCCGAUGAGCAAAUACAGGAAGAGACUCCAUUGAUGGUGGCAGCUUCACUGGAUGAUCAUGAUAUUUGCCAAGUUCUUCUGGAUUUUGGCGCAGAUGUCAACCAACUGAUAAAGACCGACGAUUCUGUGGUUCGUGACCCCGAUUAUGCGACUGAUGCAUUAAGUGCAGCUACUAUGCUUGGCAAUAUUCAGACGGUGGAGUUACUUCUCUCCAACGGGGCUCAUAUCAGAGGUAGCGCUCUUGCGUAUUCUCUUAGUGGACUGGAAGACGGGCCUCGGGAUUCACAUCGUGAGAUCUGUAACAUUCUGAUCCAGCACGGGGCUGACAUGAAUCCGGAUCUUGGGGGAUUCUAUAACACACCGCUCGCUAUGGCACUCUAUAAUUGCUGGUGGGAUAUUGCUAGAUGUAUGAUCAGAAAGGGUGCGAGAGUUGAUCCCAGUGAUCCUACCUGCCUUUCAGCGGGAAAUAUUUUGGUUGAAGCAGUUUCCAGCGUUGAAAUGACUCGUGAAAUUCUUGGUAUUGGCGUUGACGCUGAUUCUCCAAUUGCAGCUGUUUAUUCAUGGGCCUGGGAGCGCCAUGAUGAUGCCGAAAAUUUCACUACGGCACUUCAAGCUGCAGCAUACUAUGGACAUGUUGACACUAUGAAUCUGUUACUCGAAAAUGGUGCUAAUCCAAACAUCCUUGGCCCACCAUACGGGACCCUCUCGUUGUCUCCUUUCGCAGGAGUCUGUUAUGACACAAAAAACAUUUGGCCCGAGUCACAGGGAAAUACAGAGAAAGAACGAGAAAGAACCUAUGAUCUAAAUGUAAGAGACAAGUUAGCCCAGACUUAUAAGAUUUUGCAGGAGCGAGGUGCCAGCAAUCUUGUGCCAUGGUUUUCACAGAACUAUGAUGCGUUCUGUGAAUAUAGGGGAGGAAUCAAAUAUCGAUCAAUCAAGACCGGUAUUGUUGAACCUGAAUCUAUCGACGAGGAAGCUUCUGCUGUACUCUCCAGAUGA